GCAAUUGGACAUGCACGCAUUCAGCUCUGGCUCCACAAGUUCUAACGGCCAUAGUUAGCAGACUGUGUUUCAGCAUGGCUUCAGCCGCAAGUGUUUGCAGGGACGCAGGAAACGGGUUGAGUGGUUCAGCGACGUCAUUCCACUAGUCGACAGCCGUUCAGGCACAGCCACUACUUUUGUGGCUGACAUCGCUACCCUGAUGAUGGCUCGUAGAGCGGUGCGGGUAGCUCGCGUUAUCUUGCCGGACUCACCCUCUCAGGUUUCCUCAGCAUUGAGGCACGCGAAUGCCGCACCGCCAAUUACAGGUUUUGGCGAAUCACCUGCCACGUUGCGGCUGGAGGCUACAGCUUGCUCAAUGCCCUUGCCCGACCUGACGGCCGCGCUAAACCCUUCUCGGAGAUGUGGCUUCCGUUUAGCUGCUGAGAGUCUUCCCAAACCGCCCACUCCAGCUGUCGUGGUACGGACCAAAAAAGCUGCUGCGGUUCCUGCAUGCUGCUUUUCCCACGACUCAAGCUUGGCUGCUAUUCUGAUGCCAUCAGACAUGUCAAGUCGACAAUCCAGCAAUGCUAAUGGUGGCAGAGCCAGCUGGACGCUACAAACGCUUCAGAUGUGGAGCUCUCGGCAAGACGUAGCGGCGGGAGGGAGUUGCCCUGGCUCGAGCCUUGCAGAGCAUGCUCCUCUUCGUGGAUGUCUGUUGACCUCAUAUAUUUAGUAGUCGCCACGCCUUCGUUGAUCGACAGAGCAUCAGGACAUCUAGUUCAUUCCAAGACCAGCCUUGGACCAGCUAACCCGACUCAUCAACUCUACCAACCAUCUACUAU